GAACGAGGAGGAAGACUUUUUGCAGAAAAUAAGGCUGGGGUUUGAAGAACUCUGUCGAGCUUUGAAUAUGGACGUGGAGGCGAGCAACGAAGCAUGGAGGAGUUACGAAAGCAUAAGAAAAAAUACACAUUAGAGGGCAGUGACCUACACUGGCUGGCCUGUGCCAUCUAUGUGGCCUGUAGAACACCAGUACCAACAGUGGCUAAGGGUACUGCAGAGGGAAACUACGUCUCCCUGACCCGAAUACUCCGCUGUUCAGAACAAAGCCUCAUUGAGUUCUUCAACAAGAUAAAGAAAUGGCAGGAUAUGGCCAGUCUUCCUCAGGACUUCCGCCAGAGCACGGAGAAGCUGGAGAGAAAUUUCACAGUUUCCGCCGUCAUCUUCAAGAAAUACGUCCCCAUCUUCAAAGCCAUCUUUAAGGCGCCCUCGGAUGAACCGCCCAGAGUCCACAGGAGCCACAAACAGAGACGCCAUCCCUGCACCGUUGCUGAAGUCUUCAACUUCUGCUGGAUUCUGUUUGUCCACGCUAAAGGAAACUUCCCUAUGAUCAGUGAUGACCUAGUGAAUUCGUACCAUCUCCUUCUGUGUGCUCUGGACCUGGUCUUCUCCAACGCCCUGCUCUGUAAUACCAGGAAGGAGCUGCUCAACCCCAACUUCAAAGGCCUUCCUGAGGACUUCAGCAGUAAGGACUACAAGCCCACUGCAGGGCCUUACUGCUUCAUAGAGCAGCUGUGUGAACUGCAUGAUGGCCUGGUGCUGGAGGCCAAAGGGGUGAAGGAACACUUCUGGAAACCCUUCAUCAGUAGGCUCUUCCAUAAGAAGAUUCUCAAAGGGAAAGAAGAGAGCUUGACUGGCUUCUUAGAUCCUAUGAAUUUUGGAGACAGUUCUGUGUCCAUAGGCCGUGUGUAUGAGGAGCAUGUUCUGGCCACUGGAGGUCUGGAUGAUAGGAUCUUUUUGGGAGAGGGCACCCCAGGCCUCUGUCUCUGUGAGGGAGCGGAGAACCAGGACGCCUCAGCAUACAGACUCUACAACUGUCAGACUGUCUUAGUCCCGAAGGUGUCCACUUCCUUUACGGGUCGUAAUUAUGUCCAGGACAACAGUCUGUGUAUGCCGGUCUCUACUGCCAUGCAGAGUGUUGGUCGACUACACAGCCUGCUCACUGGACUGAAGCGCGGCCCCAGCCGGAGACUCACAGACUUACUGAGGUCGUGUGCCAGAGACCCUAGUGAGGUCAUCUCCACUAGGCUGAAGGACAUGUGUCAGCUCUUCUGCCAGCACUAUGAGGGCAACUGGGAAGAGAACGCAGGACUGGGGAAAGACAUCGCAGUGUACUUCUGCCUGGCAGAGGCGCUCUACUAUAAAACCCUGGAGGCCAUCAUUGACCAGGAGAAGAAGAGACUGGGCAACUUGGAUCUCUCUUGUAUUCUGGAACAGGAUGUGUUCCAGCGCUCUCUGCUGGCCUGCUGUCUGGAGAUUGUCAUCUUCUCCUACCGACCCCCAGGGGACUUCCCACGAAUCAUACACAUUUUCCAGCUCCCUGCAUACCACUUUUAUAAGGUGAUCGAGGUGCUGGUGCGGGUGGAGCAGGGUCUGUUCAGGAAGGUGGUGAAGCAUCUGAACCAGGUGGAGGAGCAGGUUCUGGAGAGCCUGGCCUGGAGGGGGGGAUCCCCGCUGUGGGACAGCGUCAGGGGGGCCAAGAACCAACCACCAUCCUGCCAGGAGGUGAUGCCACCACAGCAUCUGGAGGAUGGGGACGGAGCCACCCCUCUCACCCCCAGCAACCAUGGCACUGACCUGGGCGCCAACCGUGGUGGGAAAGGUGUGUCCACCUCCACCACCACCAUGUUGGACCGCUACAGCUGCCCCACCACGGGCUCGGCCAGGAGACGGCUGUUUGUGGAUGUGUCCUGCGACGCCCCCUCAGACCCCUCCACCACCAACCUCACUACCAACCUCAGGACCUCCCAGGCCAUCCCUGCUGGACAGACUGUGGUCACCAUGGCAACGGCCACAGUUACCUCUAACAACGGACAGACGGUCACCAUACCUGUGCAAGGAAUAGCCAAUGAGAACGGAGGCAUCACCUUCAUCCCUGUCAAGGUAAGUGUGAUGGGACAAGGUACGCUCCAGCCCCUGACUGGCACUUUGACCAGCCAACCACAGACCACCACCACCCUGAAAAGUCCCACUCUCCAGGGCAGCCACGCCGCCGGCAAGCCAAUCGAGAAGCCAGCAGUCCAGGGCCCGUCCAAUAACGGGCCUCAGAAAAAGAGUUCCCUCUCGCUGUUCUUCCGCAAGGUGUACCACCUGGCCAGUGUGCGUCUCAGAGACAUGUGUGCCAAGCUGGACAUCUCUAGUGAGCUGCGGAGGAAGAUCUGGACGUGUUUCGAGUACUCUCUGGUGCACUACACAGAGCUCAUGAUGGACCGACACCUAGACCAGCUCCUCAUGUGUGCUGUGUACGUCAUGACCAAGGUGACCAAAGAGGACAAGUCCUUCCAGAACAUCAUGAAGUGUUACCGCUCUCAGCCCCAGGCUAACAGCAGCGUCUACAGGAGUGUGUUGAUCUCUGGGAGGAAGAGACGUCACUCAGGAAGCAGUGAGAGAAAUGGACAGAGCUCUCCUACAGAGUCCAGCCAUGAGGGAAGUGGAGACAGCAGCCCCGUACCCAUGCGUUCCACUAGCACCCUACCCACCCCUCAGGCUGGUAGCACCCCAUCCACCCCCACCCUGGCCCCCUCCACCUUCCUCUCUACAUCCUCAUCCCUCCCUCCCUCCCAGCAGCAGGAUGAUGAAGGGGGAGUGGUGGAGGAGCGAGGAGACCUCAUCCACUUCUACAACCGGGUCUACAUCAAACAGAUGCGCCACUUUGCCCUGCGCUACUCGCCCAGCUCAUCCUCUACAGGGCUAGAGUCUCUUCCCCUGUGCCUGUACCCCUCCCUGAGGACCAGCUCCCCUCGCAGGGUCCUCCUGUCCCACAACCACUCCAUCUAUAUCUCCCCCCAUAAGGCUAGUGACAGCCCCCCCACCGCUACCACACAGGACAAGAUAUUCUACUACAUCUGCAGCGGCCCAGCCAACCGCCUGGCGGAGAUCAACAGUAUGAUCCGCACCGGGGAGACGCCCACCAAGAAGCGCAGUAUGCAGCUGGAGGAGGAGCCAUCUCCCAAGAGGUUGUGUCCGGACAACCAGACAGCCCUCUUCCGCAGGCUACAAGACGUGGCCAACGAUCGUAGCUCCUCCCACUAAGGUUGAACACACCCCCUUCAGAACACACCACUGGCUGAAGUCGGUAGUCAACAUACCAGACUGCCAUGUUAGAAACAAAUAAACUGGCAACAUCAUCAAUAUCAAAAUUGAUGAGGAUACAUUUGUUUUUCAUACAGGAUAAGAUCUUCUAGUCUAAGGUUAGUAUGAUGGUAUAAUUUCAGAGUUAGCCUAGUGGUUGGUAGUUAAACAUCAGAUUUUAGGUUACUUCUGUCUAUUCUAGCAUGGCCAGAUUGUGUCCCUUAACACCAUAUUUUUCUAUAUACACCGAGUGUACAAAAUAUUAGGAACACCACCUCCUAAUGUUGAGUUGCACCCCCCAUUUUGCCCUCAAAACAGUCUUAAUUCAUUGGGGCAUGGACUACAAGGUGCCGAAAGCAUUCCAAAGGGAUGCUGGCUGAUGUUGCCUCCAAUGGUCCCCAUAGUUGAAUCAAGUUGGCUGGAUGUCCUUUGAAUGGUGGACCAUUCUUGAUACACACAGGAAACUUGAGAGUGAAAAUCCCGGCGGCGUUGCAGUUCUUGACACACUCAAAGUGGUGCGCCUGGCAUCUACUACCAUAACCCGCUCAAAGGCACUUAAAUCCAUAAUCCACGUCUCAAUUGUCUCAAUGCUUAAAAAUCCUUCUUUAACCUGUCUCCUCCUCUUCAUCAACAUUGAUUGAAGUGGAUUUAACAUCAAUAACGGAUCAUAGCUUUUACCUGGAUUCACCUGGUCAGUCUAUGUCAUGGAAAGAGCAGGUGUUCUUAAUGUUUUGUACACUGUGUAUGUCCAGAGUCAAAUUAAUGUAUUUUGUCUAGAAUACACAGCAAUUACAGAAUGGACUGCCAUUGGUGUGGAGCUUUGCAAGUUUGUGUAUAUGGUGGAGAAUAAUUCAAAAUCACAUGCAUUUUGAAGUGUAUUCUAUCAGUGUUACUAACUUGCUCAUGCCCACAAUUUAGCUGUUCAAUAUACUAUGAAUUAAUUCCUUUCAGUGUUUUGAUAUUCUUCUUGAGACAAAAUCCAUCAUUACACUCAUAUUCAGUAUGUAUUUAGGAUUUCAUAUCUCAGAAGUUUAUAAGAUUAGUUUUUUUAUUGAGUUGCGUCAGAAUAGAAGAAAGCACUUAACAAUGACCAUGUUCUUAAAAUAUUUUGUACAUUGUUUGGCCUUGAGUACAUGCAAGCAUUUCAAAUACGUAUUUUUAAAGCUUUUGUAACACCAGAGAAGAUGACAUGGUGUUGUUAACUCUGCCGGGUUUCUUUUCCAAAGUCUUUUGAGCUUAGUUUUAUUUUGUUAUUUUGUGUAUAAUUGUUUAGCAAGGCAGGUCAGUUAAGGACAAAUUCUUAUUUUCAAUGACAGCCUAGGAACAGUGGGUUAACUGCCUUGUUCAGGGGCAAAACGACAAAUCUUUACUUUGUCAGCUCGGGGAUUCAAUCUUGCAACCUUUUGGUUACUAGUCCAACACUCUAACCACUAGGCUACCUGCCGCCGUAACAUAUUUAUGCUAUUUUUCUAACUGUAGAUAUGUUAGCAAAAAACAGUAACUUUCCAUUUUACCAAUGACAAUACUUAGUAGUAGAAUCACUGACAACAAUAUUUGUUUUCUGUCUCAUGUAGCUUCCAUUAAUUAUAAGGUAAUACUUUUAGUAUCCAAUACAUUUUAUAAUUGUGUUGUUAGUCACAAUGGCAUGUUAUCGUUUUGUUGAUCAACAACUUAAAAGUCAUGGCAAAUUUCUUUGUCUGAACAUUGUUGUAAAUGUACUUGUACAUGUCUUUGUUUAAAUUGUCUUUCCUUUAAAAAGUAUCAUCCUUUGGAAAUAAAAAGAUCUACUUAGGAACCAUACAUAAGUGCCCUUAAUUCAUCACAAGAUGUUAUGUUUGUGAUUGUCAGUAAGCUCACCACUAGAUGGUGCUGUAUGUAUAUCAAGUAGUAAAAUACUAUGGUGAAAAGACCUGAGGUCUUUAUAAAGUACAGAAUCACUAUGUCAACACCAUAGAUCAGUGGCUCGUGCCAAAUGGGCCACUCAAGUAAUCUGUAUUGUCUGUAAUUGUAGACUUCUAUAAUGUGUGAGGAGUAUACAGGAGGACAGGGAUUGUGCUUUAUGUGAAAGUCUUUGUUGUUACUUUUUCAAUUAGGCAUUCAACCAUCUCCACAUGUACAUAUGUCAAUGUUGUUCCUUCUCUUGUGUUGCUAGUGCUUUUGUCUGGGAAUGAGCCAAUAGUUUAUCAGAUCAUAAUAAUAAGCAUUUUCUCUACAUAACAUCUGAUUUGUAAGGGGGACAGUCCGACCGCAGCUUUUGAAGAUAGCCAGGGCUGAAACCUGACUAGGUCAUAAGCAGCAGGGAGCAUAGCGAUUAAGAGCGUUGGGUCAGUAACCAAAAGGUUGCUGUUUUGAAUCCACGAGCUGACUAGGUGAAAAUUUGGUCUAUGUGCCCUUGAGCAAGGUCAAUUAACCAUAAUUGCUCCUGUAAGUCGCUCUGGAUAAGAAUGUCUGCUAAAUUACUCAAAUGUAAAUAAGCAAUGUGCCAUGAUCCCAUCUCUUAACUUCAAUGGUACAGAAUACAAAGCAACCUGUUCCUGCGACUUGAACUGAAAUAUGUCACGGUUACGAUAAUCACAACAGGGACAGUGGUGUGUUAUGUUGUGACUUUGACAAAGCUCUGUCCACAGCAAAGAUACCUGGGUAAAAGAUACAUUCAAUAAACCCAACUAAAAGGCAUUCACACAACAAAAUGGGACUAUGGCUAUGUCACAGAUGUAACUAAUUGCCUAUAAUUUAAAUUAAUUCAUUGACUAUCUACGUGGUCAUCUGUACUAUAUUUAACCCUUUCUUCUGUCUUGUUGAGAAAGUGGUGAAUGUAUUUGACAGACAAAAAAACUACAAGGAAAGCAGACGGCUGCUUCCUGGGCUGCACCACUUCCUGUGCUUUUCACUUAUUUUCUUUUGAACCGUUUUAUUUGCAUGGUUUAUUGAAUGCUUGUUUCUGAGAAUGUGUGAAUGUGUUCAGAUAAUUUCCCCGGCUGAGAGGUGAACAACUGUAUAAACCAUUCUAUUAUUUAAUAAAUGUGUACUCUUUUGUGUUA